ACUUCACAGCAGAUGAAAGGAUGGAGCUUGAGAGCAUCAAAAUGUACAAGAAAGACCUCCUGGAUGACAUCCAGAAGUUAAAGACGGAGAUAGACAACAUCAUGGCAGAAAUCCUCAGUUUUGAUUUUGCAGAAGAAAGCAAAACCGUUGAGAAGAACAAACAGUUUUGUAAYGGGAAGAAGAAGUUUAACAUGGACCCCAAAAAGGGUAUUAAUUACUUGGUGGAGAACAAACUGCUCAAUGGAAGUGCUCAGUCCAUUGCUGAGUUUCUCUACAAGGAGGAGGGACUCAACAAGACAGCCAUYGGAGAAUUCCUUGGAGAAAGGGACGAGCUCCACCUUCAGACCUUAAAGGCCUUUGUGGAGCUGCACGAGUUCUCCAACCUCAGCCUGGUUCAGGCUCUCAGGCAGUUCCUGUGGAGUUUCCGUCUGCCCGGUGAGGCUCAGAAAAUUGACCGAAUGAUGGAGGCCUUUGCCACGCGAUACUGUGAAUGCAACACUAAUGUCUUCCAGUCCACAG